AUGUCCUUUCGCCGCCUCUCGCGGCUGGCCGCUCCGGUCAGCGCGGGCGCGGUGUUGCUCGCCCGCGCCGCUGCACCGCCGCCCGAGCUGGCCGAGUGCUCGUAUGAUGUGCGGAGGCAAGGAGUGUCCAGCGGGAUGCACAUCGAGCUCCAGAAGCUGCGGCCGCGGGAGGAGCAACUGCGGCGCAAGUGGGAGGAGGACGAGGCUGGCUUCCACAAGCUCCCGCCACGGGCAUGGCCUCCGCGGGGAGCGGGCGUGGUUGCGGCGGCCACCGUGAGGGAUGAGCUAACCAGUCCCAGUGAUUGGACAACCAAUAUGCGCGGGUCCGGGUCGCUGCGGCAGGACGCGGCGGUUGCGGUGGCGACGGACCUCGAGGAGGAGAGCACUGCAGAGGGGGUGUCGCUGCUGCAGGAGGUGGCCGCGGCGGGGCACGCGCAGGCGCUGUACGAGGUCGGCGUGCUGCACUACUUGGGCAGCGUGCCGCAGCUGCUCGCGGAGGACUACGGCAGGGCAUACGCGUGCUUUGAGGCGGCGGCGGCGCAACAGCACAUGUCGGCCAACUUCAUGCAGGCCGAGCUGCUCAUCGAAGGGAUGGGCGUCGAGAGUGACGUCGCCGCGGCGGUGCCGCUCCUUGUCGCUGCGGCGGAGAGAGGCCAUCGCAUGGCGCGGCAGUACUUGCGCGACUUUUGGGACGCGGAUGCGGCGCAGUCGGGCGUCGCGCCGGGAGGGAGCUCAAUGGAGCGGGCCAGGGUGUUUGCGCAGCAGCUGCCGCAGGUGCCGCUCGGUGGGUCGGAGCACUUUUCGGUCUUCCGCGGCGACGGCGCGCAGAGCAGCCUGGCGGAGCUGCUGGCAGAGGCGGCGUCGAGCGACGUCGUGCUGCUCGGGGAGUGCCACGACGACCCCGUCGCGCACCACCUCGAGGCGUUCCUCCUCAUCUCGCUGGCCGCCGUGCGGCCUGAGGUCGUCCUCUCGCUUGAGAUGCGGCAGGGCGAGUGUCCGUACCUCGGCGUCAGCGGGCGGGACGGGCUGCUCGCGCCGGCGAGGCCCGAGGCGCUGGUGGUGCAUGUGUGCGGCUAUUUCCACUGCGAGAAGCACGUCGGCAUCGCCGAGAUGCUCUCCGCGUACGCGCCUCAGCCGCCGUCGACUCUCGUGGCCGAGUGCCACGCCUUUCGACCGCAGCACAAAGGCGCCGCCGACUUCGUCAUCCUCACGGACGCAUCCCUCCCGCGCUCGUACGACCACUCGCCGCACGAGGAGUGA